AUGAGUGUCGAACCAUUUUCCAUUCAUAUAUCUGAUAGCGAGCUUAACGAGCUCGGCAGACGCACAACAGACGUAAGAUUCCCAAAAAAUAUCGAAAAUGAGAAGUGGGACCGGGGAAUUAGUGGCGCCUAUUUGAGUGAUGUUGUUGAAUAUUGGAAAACCAAGUACAAUUGGCGAAAGGCGGAAGAGGGACUUAACAUGUUUCACCACUUCAAAACAACCAUUUCGAACACGAGCAUUCAUUUCAUUUAUGAGAAAGGGAGAGCGUCAAACAGUAUACCAAUCAUUUUGAGUCACGGAUGGCCUGAUAGCUUCCUCAGGUACAUAAAAAUGAUACCACUACUGACUGAUCCUGAAAAAUUGGGUAUUGAUUCAAAAUUUUCUUUUGAUGUUGUCAUCCCUUCUCUUCCAGGCUUCGGCUUUUCGGAUUAUCCUAAGAGCGGCUUGAUAAAUAAUGAAACGAUAUCAGAUCUAUGGCUAGAAUUAAUGACAAAGAAGCUUGGUUAUCAUAGAUUCGUAGCUUCUGGAGGAGAUAUAGGCUCGGGUGUAACGAGAUAUCUGGCCUCCAAGUAUCCCGAAAAUCUGAUAGGCAUUCACUUGACUGAUGUCGGCAUUAUUCGACAGUUAAUUGGUAAUAGUGUGGAACAGUCAUUGUCCUCUGAAGAACAGAAUUAUGUGGAAAGUAUAUCAGCUUGGCUAAAAAGUGAAGCAGGAUAUAUGAGUAUCCAGGCAACCAAACCUCAGACGUUAGCAUUCGGGCUAUCUGAUUCCCCAGUUGGCUUGGCCGCUUGGAUAUUGGAAAAGUUUCAUUCGUGGGGGGGCUUGAAAACAGAUUUGUCUUUAGAUGACAUUCUUACAAAUAUCAUGAUUUACUGGUUUAAUAAUAACAUUUCCACAGCUACUAGGAUCUACUAUGAAAAUAGCCAUUCCUUGAAUCCGAUUGGAACCAUUGGGGUGCCGACAGCUGUUUGCUUAUUCAGCGAAGACAUUCUUUUACCACCGAGAGAAUGGGUUGAGAGAAACUUUAACAUUGUUCGUUGGAAAGUGGUGAGGAAAGGUGGACACUUUACGUCUAUGGAAAAUCCCAUAGCAUAUGCCCAGGAUUUAUUCCAAUUUGUUGAAGGUUUGGGAAAAACUUUAUAG